AUGCGAGGCUCGGAAAGGUGCGGGGCAUGUCAGCAACCUCGCACCCUGCAAGGUCCGCGCGCCUAGCAGCAAAGCCGGGUCCCGCACCCCCGCCUUCGCAGACUCGCACUUGCGAGUUCUUCCCUUCUCCCGCACGCGACUGCGCCCAGGGACGCAAGUCCACCACUGGGACAGGCUCACAAAGCUCCACGCAGACCCACAAGUGAGCGAACACACAUCUCUGAGCAGAUCUGCGGGGGCAGAGGAGCGCGCUUCGCUCUUUCCUGCACCCCCAGCCUCCUCGCCUCCCCUGCCCGCCCCUCCUCCACAUCCCCAGCCCUCAAGCCCCGGGGCAGCCGCGCGCCGGGCGGGGCGAGGGCGGGGCGGGGUGUCGGGCGGCGCCGGCCCAAAAGGCGGAGUCGCUAGGCGAAGGGGCCAGAUCUGUGAGCCCAGCGCUGACUGCGCCGCGGAGAAAGCCAGUGGGAACCCAGACCCAUAGGAGACCCGCGUCCCCGCUCGGCGUGGCCAGGCCCCGCGCUAUGGAGUUCUUCUGGGCCCCUCUCUUGGGUCUGUGCUGCAGUCUGGCCGCUGCUGAUCGCCACACCGUCUUCUGGAACAGUUCAAAUCCCAAGUUCCGGAAUGAGGAUUACACCAUACAUGUGCAGCUGAAUGACUACGUGGACAUCAUCUGUCCGCACUAUGAGGAUCACUCUGUGGCAGACGCUGCCAUGGAGCAGUACAUACUGUACCUGGUAGAGCGUGAGGAGUACCAGCUGUGCCAGCCCCAGUCCAAGGACCAAGUCCGCUGGCAGUGCAACCGGCCCAGUGCCAAGCAUGGCCCUGAGAAGCUGUCUGAGAAGUUCCAGCGCUUUACACCUUUCACCCUGGGCAAGGAGUUCAAAGAAGGACACAGCUACUACUACAUCUCCAAACCCAUCCACCAGCAUGAAGACCGCUGCUUGAGGUUGAAGGUGACUGUCAGUGGCAAAAUCACUCACAGUCCUCAGGCCCAUGACAAUCCACAGGAGAAGAGACUUGCAGCAGAUGACCCAGAGGUGCGGGUUCUACAUAGCAUUGGUCACAGUGCUGCCCCACGCCUCUUCCCACUUGCCUGGACUGUGCUGCUCCUGCCACUUCUGCUGCUGCAAACCCCGUGAAGGUGUAUGCCACACCUGGCCUUAAAGAGGGACACACUGAAGAGAGGGACAGGCACUCCAAACCUGUCUUGGGGCCACUUUCAGAGCCCCCAGCCCUGGGAACCACUCCCACCACAGGCAUAAGCUGUCACCUAGCAGCCUCAAAACGGGUCAGUAUUAAGGGUUUCAACUGGAAGGAGGCCAACCAGCCCAGCAGUGCCAUCCCCACCUUCACCUCGGAGGGAUGGAGAAAGAAGUGGAGACAGUCCUUUCCCACCAUUCCUACCUUUAAGCCAAAGAAACAAGCUGUGCAGACAUGGUCCCUUAAGGCACAGUGGGAGCUGAGCUGGAAGGGGCCACGUGGAUGGGCAAAGCUUGUCAAAGACGCCCCCUCCAGGAGAUAGCCAGGAUGCCCAGAUGAACUGACUGAAGGAAAAGCAAGAAACAGUUUCUUGCUUGGGAGCCAGGUACAGGAGAGGCAGCAUGCUUGGGCUGACCCAGCAUCUCCCACCAAGACCUCAUCUGUGGAGCUGCCACAGAGAAGUUUGUAGCCAGGUACUGCAUUCUCUCCCAUCCUGGGGCAGCACUCCCCAGAGCUGUGCCAGCAGGGGGGCUGUGCCAACCUGUUCUUAAAGUGUAGCUGUAAGGGCAGUGCCCAUGUGUACAUUCUGCCUAGAGUGUAGCCUAAAGGGCAGGGCCCACGUGUACAGUAUCUGUAUAUAAGUUGCUGUGUGUCUGUCCUGAUUUCUACAACUGGAGUUUUUUUAUACAACGUUCUUUGUCUCAAAAUAAAGCAAUGUGUUUUUUCGGA